AUGAAGCAUUUCGAAUUAUUUGCGAAAGGUGAGCUUAAACGUGCCGUAUACACCAAAAAUACCGACGAAGUAAAACGCACGUGCGUGCUGGCAAAACGCGAAAUUUCAUCUCAAACAGAUAACUUGCAUUUGCAAUCUACUAGCCAAACUUCAGCGAUCAACCAAACACCAAAGACUACUGAGAGUUCUGGGUCCCGUUUGCAAGCUCUAAGCUGGUCGGUUCUCUCCGAUCAGGACUACAUAAUGGCUUCAUUUGAUGUGAGUUCGCCAUUCACGUCUGCAGACCUCGGUCAGCCAGGACAACUUUGGCGAAUUACUGGACAACACCUGUACGCCAACUGGAUCGCUGGAGAAGGAAAACUUCUGCAGAUUACUCGACUCAGGGCUGAUUACACAUCUUGA